AUGGAAUCCCUCACUGUCAACACAUCUUCAGCUACAGCCAUAUAUACAUCUAUUACUCGUCCAGAAGAGCAAAGAAAUAAACCGUUGGUAUUUUUCAUUCACUACUGGGGUGGCUCUUCCUCUACAUGGCACAAACUUACAUCACCAUACUCCUCGGAUUCUAUAAGCACCACUUAUCCAACGGUUGCUGUCGACCUCAGAGGCUGGGGCAAAUCAACUGGCCCAGUAGCGGAUAACGGAUCUGCCUAUUCGAUCUCUGCGUUGGCAUCGGAUAUUCGUUCGGUCCUAGAACAACUCCAAGCAGAUGAAAAAAACGAAGAUUUGUUUAAAAAUGGCUUGGUAUUUGUUGGUCAUUCGAUGGGAGCAAAGGUAGCUCUUGCAACUCUCAGCCUCCUGCCCGCUGAGCUUUUGAACAAAGUCAAGGGACUGGUGUUAGCCGCCCCAGCACCACCCACGGCCUUGAAUCUGCCUUCUGAAAUGAAGGACCAGCAGCUAUCGGCGUAUAAAACGCGGGAAUCUGUACUAUGGACAGUUCGGAAUGUCCUUGCAAAUACUGACAAGCUGAGUGAGCCAGACGUGAAGUUGGUGGUGGAGAACAGUCUUUGCGGUAAUCAGUUUGCCAAAAGUUCCUGGCCUACGUAUGGCAUGGGAGAAGAUAUUUCAAUUGGAUUGAGAAAGACUCUUAAGAUAUUGAAAGACGUUGGACUACUAGCCAGCAUUAUCGUUGGCGAAUUGGACGUUGUUGAACCAGAGGAGCGAGUCAAAGCUGAAGUUGGUCAGUUCCUCAUUGAGUCUGGGUUGGGAGUCGCGAUAAAGUCCGCCAAAGAUGUGAAACAUCUGAUACCCCUGGAAGACCCUUUAAGCAUUGCCCAAGAAAUUCGGAGGUUUUAG